AAACUUUGGGGGUGAACUUUAAGGGGCUGUUUUAAUGGUCUAAUUCUGGUAAAUAUUAUUAGAUAGCGCAUUUCCUUUGCUAUUUUUACCUGAACUGAAUGGCAAACAAAUCCCUUUUAACUGACCGCGGUCCGUUGCAUCCAUGGUACAAGGAAAGGCUGCCCAGCAGAUACAUGAGAGAGAAUAAGGAAAAACAGCAACCCUCUGGUGUCCUUGACACUAGCCGCUGGCGUUUUCUGCAGCCAGGGCUGGAUGGGUUGAUGGCUGCAAGGCCAUCAAGCUCCGUGCAGACGCAGAGGGAGGUGUGCCCCAGUCUACACAGCAACACCGGCUCAGCCUGUGCCUCCAACCACAGGAAGAAAUCCAGUCCUCAGAAACGCUUCACUAAGGAGCAAGCGUACCUGUCUAAACAGAACCCGCAGCAACUAGCGCGGCAGGAACGUCUGGCCCAGGUGGAGCAGAGAUUAUCCCAGCACCCGCAUGCCCUCUACCAAAACCUGAAGGAGAGUAUGCCCCCUGAGCUUUUCAUUGAGGUGUCAUCGUUGUUGGACCCUGAGAUGCCCGUGGACAGUGACGAAGUUGUGAAAGAGGAGCAUUCUGCUGGUGACGCCAGUUCACAGUGUGAGACAGAGACACAGGAAGUCUCAGCCACAGGCAGCUCACAGACUCUAUUCAGCUCUAAGCCUGAUGGAUCUAGAGCAGGAAACCCACACCUCUGGAAAGUGAAAGGCAGCAGGAACCCCUGUGUGGUCCAGGGGCGGCUCUUGAAGCCCCUGAAGUCCCGGAGCACCAUGUCCCAGGAUGAGGAUACCCAGAAAGCGAUCAGUCAGUUAUGCAGCUUCAUAGCGUCACUGCCUGGUGAAAGUGGCAGCCUGGACGAGGCCACCCUCCUGGACCUCUUUGACAGCAGUUACGAGAGGAAACAAUCACAGACCUUCCCCGUCCAGGUGGUGUCGCCCUCUAGUGUGCCAGACAGGUUGUGCCGUUCCCUGGAAGACCCACACCGAGUGAUGACCCAAGAUAUCCCGUCUAACCAAGAGGCACCCGAGCCACAGGUAUCAUGGAAGCAGACUGCAUGUGAAGAUGAUGUUCCUGAGGACCAAGGGCUCAUGCAGCCAAGCCUCAAGGACGAGGAGCUGAAGCAGCUUCCUGUGACCCUGGCCUUCAAAGAGUUCAUACACCGCAAGGGGCUGAGGGAGCCCAGGUUCCUCCGCACUCUUUUCUCAAAUGAAGAGAAAAAGGGUGAGAGAACCAGAAGCUUCAUGAACACUAUGACCUCCACUUAACAGAGGAGCAUGGCGAUCUUAUGGCAGCUGCUACUCAUCAUUACUCAUCAGCUACAUGGAUUCAGUAUCAAAGACACGGUUUUGAUGCCACUCUGAGGUGUGAAUGUCACCUACUCCAUAUACAAUGUGUUUGCCUUGGGUCUGAAUGACAUCUUCCUGGUAAACUUAACCUCUGACCCUCUGCAGUGACUUCAUUCAAUGUUAGCCCCAAAUCGAAUGUGUACUGCUAUACAAAACUGGUGCUCUAAUAUAACUUGCAAUACUAAUUUACCUGAGUCUCCUAUUUUCUCCAGAUGUAUGUCUUGCUCACAAGGUGGAAUUAGGCAGUUUAGCUUGUUACCCUGUUAUAUAUUGAAUAAUUUCAUUUAAGUUUGUCAUGUUGAUUUAAAUAUAUUUUAAAUAAUGAAGAAUUGCACAAUAAUAUUAUGGGCCAGUGACUCACAGUUCAAAAGUCUUUGUUGUCAAAAGAGGGACUGGGCGCAUUCAUAACGCAAUUGAUGCAACGGACAGUAGAUGCUUUUGGAUCCACUGUGUACAAAACAUAAUGGAAGUGAAAUUAUUUUUAAAGUAGUUUUUGCUUUAAUAAAAGGCCUAUAGAACCAGUCUUGCAUUUCAAAUGGCUACCAGAUCAUAAUGGACGAUGAUAUUUACUGAGCUGAGAGGCAAAACUGUAUAAAAUACA